GUACUUUCCAUUGUUUCUCUCCUUCGCUUUGGAUUUUGUCUAUUGGAGAAGAAAAUGCUGACUAUUUCGGUUUUAAUUAGUCAAGUUUUUUUCUCUUUUCUUCUAAGUUUCUAUAUAGCUGAUCAAGUUUAGCAGCUUUUACUUCCAUGUUUUCGUUCAUGACUGUAAUUUUGUUAUUGUGCGAUUUUAAGAUCUUUCUUAGAUAUUAAUUGAUUAGAUCUCUAGCUUUCUGCAUGUUCAUACGAUUCAGUAUGCUCUAAUUGGAAACCGAGACAGCGAUGGUCUUAAUUUUUCAACCAUGUCUGCAAUGGACCGACGAAGUUGGCCCUGGAAGAAAAAGUCAUCUGACAAGGCAGAUAAAAAUGCUGCAGCAACAGAUUUUGGUGGUGGUAAUGUGGCUUCGAGCGGAUCACGGGCAGAUAAGGAUAACUACAAAAAACCCAACUAUGUUCAAAUUUCGGUGGAGUCAUACACUCAUCUGACUGGUUUGGAGGAUCAAGUGAAGACAUAUGAGCAACAAGUUCAGACUUUGGAGGAUGAAAUUAAGGAGUUAAAUGAAAAGCUGUCUGGAGCAAAUUCAGAGAUGACUACAAAAGAAAACCUGGUGAAACAGCAUGCCAAAGUUGCAGAGGAAGCUGUGUCAGGUUGGGAAAAGGCUGAAGCAGAAGCUUUGGCACUGAAAAAUCAUCUAGAAUCAGUCACACUUUCAAAGCUCGCCGCUGAAGAUCGGGCAUCACAUUUGGAUGGUGCUCUGAAAGAGUGCAUGCGGCAAAUACGUAACCUGAAGGAAGAACAUGAACAGAAAUUGCAAGAUGUUGUUCUCUCAAAGACCAAACAAUUGGACAAAAUUAAGCUUGAGUUUGAAGCAAAAAUAGUUAACUUAGACCAAGAACUCCUUAGGUCUGCAGCUGAAAAUGCUGCUCUUUCAAAGUCACUGCAAGAGCGUUCUAAUAUGCUAAUCAAAAUAAAUGAAGAAAAAUCACAAGCUGAGGCUGAGAUUGAACUUUUGAAGAGUAAUAUUGAAUCAUGUGAAAGGGAAAUAAAUUCACUCAAGUAUGAACUCCAUGUAGUUUCCAAGGAGCUGGAGAUCCGUAAUGAGGAAAAGAACAUGAGUAUGAGAUCUGCAGAAGCAGCAAACAAGCAACAUAUGGAGGGUGUCAAAAAAAUAGCUAAGUUGGAAGCAGAGUGCCAAAGAUUACGGGGUCUCGUGCGGAAGAAGUUGCCUGGCCCUGCUGCACUUGCCCAAAUGAAGCUAGAGGUUGAGAAUUUAGGCCGAGAUUAUGGAGAUUCUCGACUAAGGCAGUCACCUGUUAAGCCUCCUAGUCCACAUCUGUCUGCCAUGCCUGAAUUUUCACAUGACAAUGCUCAAAAAUUCCAUAAAGAGAAUGAAUUUCUCACAGAGCGUUUAUUUUCCAUGGAAGAAGAAACAAAGAUGCUGAAAGAAGCUUUAGCAAAGCGUAAUAGUGAACUUCAGGCUUCAAGGAAUCUGUGUGCCAAGACAGCAAGUAGGCUUCAAAUUUUAGAAGCACAACUUCAAGUCAACAAUCAACAGAAAAGUUCACCAAAAUCUAUGGUUCAGGCUCCUACUGAAGGUUACUCUUGUCAAAAUAUGAGCAAUCCACCUAGCUUGACCUCCAUGUCUGAGGAUGGGCACAAUGAUGACCAAAGUUGUGCCGACUCUUGGGCAACGUCAUUGAUCUCUGAGCUUUCUCAAUUAAAGAAGGAUAAGAGCAGUGAAAAGCCGAAUAAGACGAAAAAUGCUAAGCAUUUGGAGCUUAUGGACGAUUUCCUGGAGAUGGAGAAGUUGGCUUGCUUAAAUGCAGAUGGUGCCAUCACAAUUUCAGAUUCUCCAAACAAUAAGACAUCUGAAAUUGUGAGUGGUCAUCCUUCAGUGGAGAUCUCUUCGGGCAAGGAUACCCUGUCUGAAGAAAAGUCUAUUUUGGAUCCAUUAAUGAAUCAUUUAUCUUCUAAUAUGGAUUUAUCAGCAGUGGAUUCUGGAUCUGAUGCAGACCAACCACCCUUGAUGAAGCUUCGAUCGAGAAUUUCUAUAUUACUUGAGACUGCAUCUAAGGGUGCUGAUGCGGGGAAAAUUUUAGAGGAUGUUAAACGUGUUGUGCAGGAUGCACAUGAUGCUUUGCAUCGGCAGUCUGUAAGUUGUGUUUCUGAGGAAGUGCUUACUCCUAGUGAUGCCUCGUGCAAUGGGCAGACUUGUCCUGAGGAUGCCACCUUAACAGGAGAGAAGGAAAUCACUUUGUCACAAGAUAUCAAGGCGGCUACAGAACCUAUAUCCUCAGUAAGCCAAGAGUUGGUUACAGCCAUUUCUAAUAUUCAUGAUUUUGUGUUGUUCCUGGGCAAAGAAGCAAUGACAGUUCAUGACACAUCUUCUGAUGGUGAUGGUCUGAGUCAAAAAAUCAGGGAAUUUUCAGUCACUGUUAAUACAGUAUUAAAUGGCAAUAUGAGUUUGGUUGAUUUUGUUUUUGACCUUUCUCAUGUUUUAACUAAAGCCAGUGAGCUUAGAUUUAAUGUCCUGGGUUAUAAAGGUGCUGAAGGAGAAAUCCAUAGUCCUGAUUGCAUAGAUAAGGUUGCCUUACCGGAGAAUAAGGUUCUUCAAAGGGAAUCUUCUGGAGAAAGCUAUCAAAAUGGUUGUCCCCACGUUUCUAGUCCUACCUCUAACCCUGAGGUCCCUGAUGAUGGAAAUUUGGUAUCAGGCUAUGGGUCAAAUACAAGAUUGUGCAAAGUUUCACUUGAGGAAUUUCAAGAAUUGAAAUCGGAGAAAGACAACAUAUCUGUGGAUCUUGCUAGAUGCACUGAAAACCUAGAAAUGACAAAGUCUCAGUUACAUGAAACUGAGCAGCUUCUAGCUGAAGCUAAAUCACAGUUGGCUUCUGCACAGAAGUCAAACAGCUUGGCUGAGACACAGCUGAAAUGUAUGGCUGAGUCAUACAGAUCACUUGAAGCUCGUGCAGAAGAGUUAGAAACUGAGGUGAACCUUCUGCGAGCAAAAGCAGAAACUCUGGAGAAUGAGCUUCAAGAUGAAAAGCAAUGUCAUUGGGAUGCUUUGACCAAAUGCAAGGAGUUAGAAGAGCAACUGCAAAUGAAAGAGAGCUGUUCCGUUUGUUCUUCAUCUGCUGACGCUGACCUCAAGACCAAACAAGAGAGAGAGCUAGCAUCUGCAGCUGAAAAGCUGGCUGAGUGCCAGGAGACCAUAUUUCUUCUUGGAAAGCAGUUGAAAGCUUUGCAUCCUCAAGCAGAGCUCAUGGGAUCUCCAUACAGUGAGAGGAGUCAAAGGGGUGAGGGAUUUCCUGAAGAUGAACCUACUACUAGUGGCAUGAACUUGCAGGACUUUGAUCAGGCUGAGAUAGAUGGUACUGUUUCAACAAACCUGCACAGAUCGGGUGCUGAGUCCCCCAUGGAUUUGUACAACCAACCAUGUAGUCCAUCCAACACGGAAGCAAGCCUCCCAAGAUCACCAAUCAAUUCAAAGCAUCCAAAACACAGGUCUACCAAGUCAACUUCCUCAUCGUCCUCUCUUCUUCAGACGCCAGAGAAGCACCCGCGAGGUUUCAGCAGGUUCUUUUCCUCGAAAGGAAGGAAUGGCAAUUAGGAUUUUGCUUGCAGCUCCGCAGGCAUAAUAAAAUUAAGGUUGGACAAAGGUUCAUAAGUAAUAAUCCAAAGCACAUAAAAAUGGAUUCAUCUACCAUCAUUGGUGCUAGAAUCACCUGUGGAAGCGUUUGCUUGGUUUCAUGUUGUGAAAAUGAUGCUUUCAACGCCAUGUAAUUUUUGUAACUGAUGACUGUAUAUGUUCCCAUAUAUGCUAGGCUCUUUUUUUAUUUUUUGGGUUCAAUUCCUCUCAUUUGCCUUCUGUAAUUUCUUUACUUGAAAGAGACUACGUUUCUGGAUUGUUACAAUAUCUGAAUAUAAUUUCGUAUGUGGCAGUGGCAGUUUUGUA